AUGACUCAAUUAAGAUUUUUACUAUCCAAUGCGAAAAUAUCAAGUUAACAAUUCAGCUAGAUAAAAGAGAUUCUAAAGUUGAAUUUCAAAGUUAUUUACAAGGAUGACCUCAUAAACAAUAAUAAAUUAUUUAACGAUUCCCUUGAAAAACAAGAAUUGGUAGGGGAAGAUAUAUUUUUCAUGAAUUCUAAUGUUUCUAACUAUUUUGAGGAUAAUAUAGGAAAUUAAGCUUGUAAUUUGAGUACAUUUUAGGAAAAAACAGAAAAUCCAAAUGAAUCCUUCCAUAGCAGCCACUCUGAAUUUUUCGAUUACAUUUCUCAAAUAGAUCAUCAAAUUUAAGAUUCAUCAGUAAUCGUCAAAAAAGAAAUAUUUACAAUUUCUGAACUGCUUUAAAAUCUAUCUUUUAAGGAAGAAUAUUCAUCUAGAAGUCCAAAAUUACUUGACAUGAACCACAGUAAUAAUAAGAUUAAUUGUCAAAUGUGUAAAAAACAGUUCAAAAAUACAAAAACUCUGAAAAAACAUUAGAAAAAUAUUCAUAAGCAUACAAUAAUGAUCUCCUCAAACUUGAAAUAGCAGGAGACAUAGCCAGAGGCUGCUUUUUGA